AUGACCGAACGGAGUCGCAUUUCGAUGCUCUCGACCGAAAUGCUCGAGGCCAAACAGAUUGGCGUUCGCGGCCUCUCCUGCUACGGAUUCCGACUUCUCGACGGAUCAUUCUUGUUCGUUUUUCUGAGAUUCAGUGUGUGUUUGUCGAGAAAAAGCAUUUCUCAAAAAAGUCUCGACGCACACUGAUUAGGGGCUUGUUCAGUUUGGCAGAAAGCUGGUAAAUUGCCAGUAAUCAGCCGAUUCUGGUUUCUCCCAUAAAAAUCAAGUUUUUAAUGGUUUUUUACCCAACCGAAUGAGCCCAUGACACUUUGAUUUUUCUGUUAGAAUAUCACAAAUUUCCCUUAAAUAUCCUCUUAAAAUGUUUGCAGAUACGGUCCGAUCGCGCUUUUCCCAAAAACGGCUCUUUCGUGGCGAGUGCCCACUCCAGAUGACAUUUCUCCCCGAUCGCUGGCUCUUUUCACGGCACUCGAACCCAAAAUUGAUAUUUUGGUCAUCGGAGUUGGCGACAAGAAGAAUAUCGAUCGGUUUGAUCAUUUUUUUUACAUUUUUUUUCAAAUAUUUGUUUCCAGAGUGCGCGCUAAAGUGGCACCGUUCCUGCGUGAACACAAAAUCGGACUCGAAAUUAUGGAUACGGUAGGUUCUUGAAAAGUCUGCUGAAAAUUUCCGUUAAUUUCAGGAAGACGCGAUCGCCACUUUCAAUUUCCUGAACGCAGAGGGUCGGUACGUGGGAGCGGCCCUGUAUCCACCGGACGAUAUGAUUGUGACGGACAGGGAGUAUGGAAGAGCACUCGCACUCCUGAAGGGAUGGGACACGGUAUGGUUUGGGCCAGCUCUUGUGAAAAUAUGGAACGUUUGAACUGAAAUGAGCGAUGUAGAAAGAAAAACCGUUGAAAAAACUUACUCUGAAUAAACUCAUAGCUUCUAUGAAUCAUUAAAACAUACUCUGCUUUUCCUGGCUUAUAUUUCGAGUGAUUUUCAGGUGGAAGAGAAUCCGAUGCUGACGGGACUGUCGGAUACGAUCAACGAAGCAGAGGAUCUCGUAAGACGGCUGUGGAGUGGAGAUGAGCAGAGUUGGCAGACCGCCCGCAAAAAGGUUCGCUCUUCUUUUUUUCUGUUUCGCGAGGUAUCGACAGCAACAAGAAUGAUUUUAAGAAGCGAACAGAUGGGGCUUCUUAGUUAUGAGGACCGUACCGUUUUGCAACGUGACGUUUCGCCACUAAAACAGUUUUCGAAACUAUUGCGUUUCGCAACCGUUCUGUUUCGCUACUAAGGGUAUUUUGAAGCAGCUUCCGGGUGCUCUUCGACUUUAUUUUUUACGAAUGUGUGAUCACCCUGAAGCUGGAGAAUCUUUUAAAAAAAUGUGGUGAGUACGACGAGAUUGCCUCGAUGGGACACCUUCAAAAAGUUGGGGCUAGUUGCGAAACACAUGGUUGACAUUCGCUAUGGUUGGCAAACGUGAGAGUUGCCAAAAUUGUUUUAGUGGCGAACCGAAGAGGUCUCCAAAAAGGGAUCUCUCAACAGAGCGCAUUCACAUUUCAAUGCUUUGCAGGUGCUCGAAUCGCCGUCGGAACGCGAAGAGCGAAUGCAGUUGGAGGUGGAAGAGAAGGACAAAAAACGCAUCGAAUAA